UAUCAAAAAUAAAUAAAUAAAUUACUCUAUAUAUACACUAAGCCCACUGUAGAGUCAACUCCAAAAACUUCGAACUCGAAUUUGAACUCCCUGGCCUUCGUGCCUAACUUCUCUAGUCUUCGAGGAAGAAACAAAGAAACAUUCCUAGUUCUUCUUCUUCUCUCUCUCUCUCUCUCUCUCUCUCCAGAGGAUGGCGAAGAUCGACUUUCUCCGUCGAUUAAUCUGCCCGUGCUUCUCCCCAAGCCGUACCGCCACCGCCGUCGCCGCCCCCACCACCACCAAGAAACGCAUGAGCGCGUCCCUGAGAGAUGACAUUCAAGAAGAUCAAGACAAGUCAACAACCACCAGAGACUCAUCAUCUGAAGAAGAAAGCAUCAACAACGAUAAUCAUCAUCACAGUCAUCAAUUAUUACCUCCAAGACCGUCAAAAUCAAUGGUGAUAGGCACCAUCUACGGCCACCGCCACGGGCGUGUGUUGUUUUGCAUCCAACACGACCGUCUCAGUUCCAGACCUUCUCUCCUUCUGGAACUUUCCAUGACAACCCACCUUCUUGUCAAGGAAAUGCAAUGUGGAGUCCUUCGGAUAGCCCUCAAAUGCGGUCGACUCGACAUGAGAACCUCACCAUUGUACUCCAUACCUCUAUGGACCAUGUACUGUAAUGGGCGUAAGGUUGGUUUCGCUGUUCAAAGGAGGGCAAAGGAUAAGGACCGUCUGAUCUUGAAGACGAUCCAGUUAGUAUCCUUUGGGGCUGGAGUCAUUCCCAGUGAGAAAAAGGAAGAAGAUGAUGAUAAUGGGGAAGUCAUGUACAUGAGAGCGAGUUACGAGCGAGUUGUGGGGAGCUCCGAUUCGGAGUCGUUUCAUCUACUCAACCCGGUUGAGUGCUCUGAUCAGGAACUCAGUAUCUUCUUGAUCAGGUAGCUAACUAUCUUGAAAUGGGUCCUUGUCUAAAUUUUUUAAGGUUUAAUUCUAUUGGGAUUCUUCUCAUGUUUACAUUUGGGAAGGGUUAAGGAGUCAGGAGGGCAAGGACAGUAGUAUUGAUUUUCUGAAAAUUUUUAUCGAGUUUCCCAUUCUUUCGGUGUAAGCUGUAAAGAGAUAUAUUAAAUGCAAAGCAUCUUUCAGCGCAA